GCCAGGGGGUACCCUGCCUGUAGCCACAGAGCCAGGCUGCAGGGGUCUCCUGGAAGAACUCCGGCUGCAAGUCCCAGCCCCUCUUGGAGGAGGCGGGCAGCUGAGGCUCUUUGCAGCCAGAGGCUUCCCAGCUUGGAGCUCUGGAGCCAGAUGUAACAUUGACCUUAAAUGGUAAAAGCUCCCCAGAGUGAAGAGAGGCUGGCCAGAGGAGGAAAGGGGGAAUAACUCAGUUUUAGCCUGUGGAGCCCAGGCCUCUUGGAGCAUCUUGGGGGCUGACGCAGCGGAGGUUCCGAGCACACACAGCCACUCGGCCAGGAGCUUGCCAUGCCCCACAUUCCCGAGGAUGAGGAGCCCCCCGGAGAGCCACAGGCAGCCCAGAGCCCCACCAGCCAAGGCCCUCCCUCGGCAGGAAUAUUCCACAGCCCACCCGCAAUCAUCCUGACCGGGGAUGCCGGUUUCCCAGGAGAGGCCGACAAGUCCCUGGCCAACAGAGCUCCCAGCCCCCACAGGAGGCUUUCUCACCGACACCUGAAGGUCUCCACUGCGUCGCUGACAUCGGUGGACCCUGCGGGGCACGUCAUUGACCUGGUAAAUGACCAGUUGCCAGAUAUCAGCAUCUCAGAAGAGGACAAAAAGAAAAACCUGGCUCUGUUGGAAGAAGCCAAGCUGGUGAGUGAGCGAUUCCUGACCCGCCGCGGGAGGAAGUCCAGGAGCAGCCCCGGAGACUCCCCAUCAGGUUUGGAUGUGUGCAUCGGCCCGCAGUCCCCACCGAAGUCCCCACCACAGCAGAAGGGGGAUGAAUCGGAUGUCUCACCUCACCCGGGCGAGCCUAAUGUCCCCAAAGGGUUAGCUGACCGGAAGCAGAAUGACCAAAGGAAAGUGUCUCAGGGCAGGCUGGCUCUUCGUUCUCCCCCUGUUGAGAAGUCCAAAGAGCUUGCAAUAGAACAAAAAGAAAACUUCGAUCCCCUCCAGCACCCUGAGACCACACCUAAGGGCCUUCCUUCUGGAACAAAUAGCAUUGGAAAAAUGGCCCUGAACAGUCCCUCGCCUGUCCCUGCUGAAGGCGAGCUGGGGAGGCAGCUACCAAAGACAGCCAGGGAAGGCAACCCUCUGCCGAGAAGUCCAUCCCAGGGCUCGGGAGGAGUGGCCACACCAGCCCCCCAGGGAAAAGUCUCCACUGGAGAGCCCCCAGCUUCCAAGUUUGGCUCCAAAGUUGAACUGAGACCUCUUGUGUCCCGGCCACCCCUAAUGAGAGGGGUUUCCUGGGACAGUGGCCCUGAAGAGCCCGGUCCCCGGUUGCAGAAAGUGCUUUCCAAGCUGCCAAUGGCAGAGGAAGAAAAGCGCUUCCCAGGCAAAGCCAGUGGCAAGCUAGCCAAGGUGCCAGGGCUUAAAGACUUCCAGAUACAAGUGCAGCCAGUGCGGAUGCAGAAACUGACCAAGCUCCGUGAGGAGCACAUCCUGAUGAGAAACCAGAACCUGGUGGGCCUCAAGCUUCCCGAACUGAGCGAAGCAGCCGAGCAGGAGAAAGGGACCCCUUCUGAACUCUCUCCAGCUACUGAGGAGGAAGAGUCGAAGAGUGGCUUGGACGUCAUGCCCAAUAUUUCUGAUGUGCUGCUGCGAAAACUGCGGGUCCACAAGUCUCUCCCAGGAAGCGCCCCUCCACUCACUGAAAAGGAAGUUGAGAACGUGUUUGUACAACUGUCCUUGGCCUUUAGAAAUGACAGCUAUACCCUGGAAUCUAGAAUUAACCAGGCUGAAAGAGAACGCAACCUGACCGAGGAGGAUACCGAGAAGGAACUGGAAAAUUUCAAAGCUUCCAUUACGUCUACAGCAUCACUGUGGAACCACUGUGAGCACCGUGAGACCUACCAGAAGCUGCUGGAGGACAUCGUGGUCCUGCAUCGCCUGGCUGCCCGCCUCUCCAGCCGGGCUGAGGUGGUUGGGGCUGUCCGCCAGGAGAAGCGCAUGUCAAAAGCGACAGAAGUGAUGAUGCAGUAUGUAGAGAAUCUGAAGAGAACAUAUGAGAAGGACCACGCAGAGCUCAUGGAGUUUAAGAAACUUGCGAAUCAGAAUUCAAGCCGCAGUUGCGGCCCCUCUGAAGAUGGGGUUCCUCGCACUGCACGGUCCAUGUCCCUCACGAUGGGAAAGAACAUGCCCCGCCGGAGGGUCAGCGUUGCUGUGGUCCCCAAGUUCAAUGCCUUGAACCUGCCUGGCCAGUCUCCCAGCUCAUCACCCAUCCCCUCCCUACCAGUUCUGUCAGACUCUCCCAGCGGGAGAGGCAGCCUACCUGUUACCCCAGCACUGCCAGCACUCUUGGAAAAUGGAAAGACAAAUGGGGAGCCAGAAUGUGAAGCCCCUGCUCUUGUGCGGCCUCCAGGCUGCAUGGAGAAGGUCAGCCAAGAGACCAAAGGCAGGAUGGAGGAAGAAGCCUACAACAAGGGAUAUCAGGAAGGUUUAAAAAAGACCAAAGAACUUCAAGAUCUGAAGGAGGAGGAAGAAGAACAGAAGAGUGAAAGUCCUGAGGAACCUGAAGAGGUAGAAGAAACUGAGGAAGAGGAAAAGGACCAGAGAAGCAGCAAACUUGAACAACUGGUCCAUUUCUUACAAGUCAUGUAUCCCAAACUGUGUCGGCACUGGCAAGCGAUCUGGAUGAUGGCUGCAGUGCUGCUGAUCUUGACCAUCAUGCUGGGGCUCUACAGCUCCUAUAAUUCUUGUGUGGAGCAGGCCGAUGGGCCCCUCGGAAGGUCCACUUGCUCGGUCACCCAGAGGGACUCCUGGUGGAGCUCAGGACUCCAACAUGAGCAGCCUACAGAACAGUAGGAAUUGAUUCCUAGUCAAUGCCAUGCUCAGAGCAUUCAGUCCCCAAGUGUGAUGAAUUGUCAGGCCCAGGUGAACACAGUGGUGCUGCCCCAUCAGGGAACAGGGAGGGCUUCCUUUCGUGAUUGGCACCUCUGAGGAGCUGUUCAUACACAGUAGCACGAUGUUCUGGGAAGACCAACAAAACUGCUCUGGGAAACCUCCCAUGGACAAAGAAGUGUCCUGCGCCAAGAGCUCAGCCAAGGGCAUGGUCUCUUGUUCCUAGCUCAGAUGGCCGGCGAGGACUGAAACACCUUCCUUGAGGAGGAUGGUAAGAAGCUUGCUCUCCCCGCUUUUCUUUCUGCAUUUGCUUAUCAGGAAGGAUUGUGUGUAACAGCUAGAACUGACCCUAAGGAUCACGCCUGGAAUGAGGAGUCCCAACGUGUCUGUCUUCCCACCUCCCAUCUCAGUCUCCACGACUGUCCUUCAGCUUCCCCUUCCUCCUUUGGGAAUCAGUUUCUUUUCCCAAGAAAGAGCAGGAAAGUUUCCUCAGAAAGAUGUAUAGCUUAGUGCUUGAAAUGAAAUGGGAAAACGUGAAUUAAUAUAUAUAAAUCUGGACACAUGCAGACAAGACAGACAAUGCAACACACAUGCGCACGACAAGCCAUCAACCCUCCACAUGUGUGCUCUGGGUGUGUGCUGUGGGGAAGCAAGAGGUGUGUCAGACCUGCUCAGAGGUUUUCACUAAGUGUGGGGCAGUCAGCAGGCACUGUCUGUGAGCUCUCUCCAUGGGCUGAAGAUGUUUGGAAAGCACAGAAACCCUAGGACUGCAGUGGCCCUCUUGCAGUCUCCAUGUCAAAUGCCAGGUCUAAACUGCUGUACAGAAGAGCUCUUUCCUAUUUGUCCUCUCCCCGUGGAUGCAGCUGUCCCGCUUCUGCAAUGGUGCACAUUGGGCUCAGCCUCUUAUUCUACAUAGUGUUCACCUGCGCGGGCAGCUGUACCUCAGGGCUUCCCCACGCAAGGGUGCGCUUCAGGACGCUUCCCAGCCAUUCAGCUUUGAAGAAGCUCGUCCCAUCUCCAGCUUAUUUAAUAUCUUCCCCUACCUUUUCAGCCACUGUCUUCAUUCAGCUCUCAUCAGUUUCCGGGCACGGGCUGUUGGUUUCUGAAUGGGUUCUGUUGCGAUUGCUUUUUUUUUUUUUUUUUUUAUUCGUUUGCUUCUGCUGCUAACACUUACACUGAACUUAUUCUGAUCCAAGCACUAUUCUCAGUAUUCUGUAGGUAGUAAUUCACUUCAACCUGAAGAAAAAUCCUCUGCAGUAGAUAUUUCUUGUCCCAGUUUCAGAUAAGGAUGUUGAAACACACACACA